AUGUCGGGCUUGUCGGAUUUCGGGCAGCUGUUCAGUGUUCACACGCAGUUCUCCGCAACUCAGGGGCCUCCCUGGGUGUUCAGCAAGGCCGCCAUGGCCAGCAGCACGGGCCUGCUGAAGCAGGCAGUGGCUGAGGUCCAGCUGCAUGAGAAGCUGCAGCGGGAGGUGCUGCGCGACGGCGUGCCGCGCCUGCUGGCGGCCCACGAGGACGAGACACACCUGCACCUCGUAUUCGAGUACGGCGGAACGAGCCUGAUUCGGGAGAUCGCCACGCUCAGUGACGAGGACCGGGCGGAGGUGGGCGACGCCAUUGUGGCGGCCGCGACCCGCCUGCUGGCCCGCAUGCACGGCAAGGACUGCGACCGACGGUACAACGACUUCAAGCCGGAGCAGCUGCUGCUAACGAGGCGCCCCGCUGGCGCGGGCUUCCAGGUCAACGUCUGCGACCUGGGGGCGGCGACGCCCCUGGGCAGCCACCCCACCGCCUGCACGCCCACUUGCGCACCCCCUGAGGCCGGCCCCGAGAUGCUCAAAUACAUCGCCCGCCUGCCACACCCCAACAUGGGCAACUUCUUCGGCGUCAAGUAUGACUCAUGGGCCUUGGGCGCCACGCUGGUGCUCGCCGUGUUGGGGUUCAGCCCUUGGGAGACCCCUGAGGCGCGCGCCCUCGCCGAUGACUACGACGCCUAUGACUCGGCGGUGGUGGCGUGCAUCACGGCGGCGCCACGCGCGUACGCGACCACGCCGAGUUUGGGGCCCUGCCUGAGGACGUGCGCGCGUUCCUGGACGCCGCGCUGGAUCCUGACCCCGCCACGCGCGCCUCGUGCCUGGAGCUCUGCUUCAGCGACUACGCGCAGCGCCUGGGCGUCCACAACUGGGCCACGGCGCCAGAGGCGACGCCGCUGCUGCGCGGCAAGGCGGAGCGCGGCGGCAGAGCUGGCUGACGCGGACGCUGCCCGCGCAUCCAAGGUGAAGGCGUUCUUUGAGGCUGCGACUGCCGCGAUUGAUGCGGCGGAUCAGCGCAGCGCGGUGCUGCAGUGCCGGGUGGCGUCGCUUGAGGGGGAGGCGCAGGCGAGCGCCGUGCGCGAGGUGCGCAAGGAUGAGGCCGCGGCGGCCGCGGCGGCUGCGCACGCCGCAGAGGUGGCGGCGCUCUCCGCCGCGGCCGUCGCUGCGGCGCAGCGGGAGGCGGCGCUCCAGGGGCACGUCGCAGCGCUGGAGGCAGAGGUGCUGCGUAAGAAUGAGGCGGCGACAGUCGCUCUGAUGGCGGCGCACGCGGCGCUGGCGGAUGAGCGCACGGCCUGUCAGUUGCAUGUCUCGGCGCUGCAGGCACGGCUGGUCGCGCUCGAGGUCGCUGGCAGGGCGGCGGUUGCAGAGGCGGCGGCGGCAGAGGAGGGCAGCUGGGGCGGCGGUGUGUGCGGCACCAGCCGCACUAGCAGCGUCUGCAGUAGCUACGAUGGCGGCGGCGAGCGCGCCUUGGAUCCGGAGCUUCUGGCAUCGCGGCCGGGGUCGCCACGGCUCAGCCAGGGCAGUGGGUGUGAGGAAGGGGAGGUGACGGCGCGGGAGCAGGAGCAGCAACAUGCGCACACCCACUAA